AAAUAAUUUGAGUAGCAAGUCAGUGAAUCACAUAGUAGUAAAGAACUACAGAAAGUAACAGAGUUACACUAGCUGCUGUACGAUGGUUAUUGACAUCCUCUCUGGGUUUAAGGGAAUUACCCCAUUCAAGGGGAUCACGUUAGAUGACGGGUGGGAUCAGAUAAACAGGAGUUUCAUGUUCGUUCUGUGCGUGCUCAUGGGAACGGUUGUAACGGUGCGGCAGUACGCGGGAGGAAUUAUUUCAUGUGACGGCUUUACAAAAUACUCGGGCUCGUUUAGCGAGGAUUACUGCUGGACACAAGGUCUUUACACCAUCAAGGAAGCAUAUGACCUCUUGCUGAUGAACGUGCCCUAUCCAGGAGUAAUUCCUGAGGACAUGCCUGCUUGUAUUGAACGGGAACUGAUUAACGGAGGUCGAGUGGCCUGCCCCGAUCCUGAAACUGUAAAACCACCCACCAGAGUAUACCACUUGUGGUACCAGUGGGUUCCAUUCUACUUCUGGCUUGCAGCUGCCGCUUUCUUCUUCCCUUAUCUUAUCUACAAACAUUUCGGUGUUGGCGACCUCAAACCCCUCAUUCAGAUGCUCCAUAACCCCAUCGUCGACGAAGGUGACCAGAACGCAAUGGCAGAAAAGGCAAGCAUGUGGCUGUUCUACAAACUGAACGUCUUCAUGAACGAAAACACCAUCUUCGCUAUCCUGACCGAGAAACACAGGCUAUUCUUCAUCGUAAUGGUCGUCAAAUCUCUAUACCUGAUCAUCAGUAUCAUGGCUCUGUACCUGACGGACGAGAUGUUCCACAUUGGCUCCUUUAUAUCGUAUGGAAGUGAGUGGGCCACGUCGCUACCUGUGGGGGACAACGAGACGACCCUUGUUAAAGACAAGCUUUUCCCCAAGAUGGUGGCUUGUGAGAUCAAACGAUGGGGUCCUACCGGUCUGGAGGAGGAACAAGGAAUGUGUGUGUUGGCCCCCAAUGUUAUCAACCAGUAUCUCUUCCUCAUCCUCUGGUUCGCCAUUAUCUUCUGCAUCGCUUGUAACUGCCUGUCCGUUCUCUUCGCCCUCACAAAGUUGAUAUUUGUCCUGGGAUCAUACAAGAGACUGCUAGCCAGCGCCUUCCUCAAGGACGAACUCCAUUACAAACACAUGUUCUUUAACGUUGGUACGAGUGGAAGAGUCCUAUUGCAGAUUGUAGCUUCCAACGUUUCGCCGCGUGUCUUCGAGUCCAUCAUGGCUAACCUUGCCACCAAGUUGAUAGCCGAACGUUUGAAGGGGAAUGGUAAAGGGAGUGUCUAGUGCUUACACACCCUCGUGACCAUUGCGUGUCGUCACGUGCUACAAACAUGUGUUACGCCGCGCGCUCGGUCGCAGCCCCGCGUCAGUCAAGAAGCAUACUCCGCCGUUUUCGAGGUACUUCUAUAUAUAUCAGUCAGAGGCAAUAGGCGUGAGGUCUAGGACUGCUUUCUAAAUGAUGAUAAGUAUGGUAAUCAUUGCUAUAUUUGGAUUAAAAUAUUUUCAAAAACAUUGGAUCGGUUUAAAAGGUUGAGGAAUGGGUCCCACAGCUUCACGGCAGCUGUGUUCAUUUAACAGGUCACCCUCAUUGUGAUUUGUGAGCUGAAUGAUGGAAGUUCAUGUUAUUAAACACUCUAUCAUGUAGACUGAUAAACGUAGGAUCAGACAUUUUCUUAACGAAAACUCUGCAUGGACUACAAUAUAAAUUCAGAUAGUUCAAUUUCCCAAAAAAAGAUUUGACUUAAUGUGAAACUAUAAUCACCUACAUUGGCUGGUGUAAUGGGACUACUACUAAUCCGACGUUGUCUUGUGAAAAAGCUUUUCUCCGUAAAAAAACAGCAAGAAAUCUUAAACCAAACCUUGUCAUAGUGUUUUUAUCAACUCAAAUUCCAUCGAAUUUUGACAUUUUAAUUGUUGUUAUGACGAAGAUGAUCGAAUUUUUAGACUUCUAGAGACAUAUAAUUCCUGUUGCUUUUUUUCUGAACAUGAUGAUUUUGGGGAGAAACUACUUUUACCGGCUUUUUCAGACAAUCGCAGUGAUUUUUAAACAUUAUUUUUUGUAGUUAUUUUGGACGGUUAAGGUUUGGAAAUGUGACGCGAUCAUUGCACGCUUGUCACUCUUUCAGAUCUUGCAUUAUGAAUGUCUUAUACCACUUAUAGAUCGAUAUAAAAUAUAUUAACAUGUCAAUGUUCAGGGGCAAACAUCGUAAAUUACCCCCCAGAAUUAGUGUUUUGUAAAUUAUCAAAAUUUCGGGUCAUCUUAAAAGUUAAUGUGUUGAGAAGAAAUUGAUAAGUUUUGUAGUAAAUUAUCGUGAUUUGUCCCAUGUUUUAGUUACUAAAAGGAUUCGGUAUCCAUCACCCUUGGAUUUAAUAUCCGUUGCCCUUAGAACCUUGGCGUCAUCGUAUAAUGACGUCAUCAGAUCGUUUAUUUUCUUCGAUUAAUUGGGUCGUAAACUGACUUUUUAUAAAUAUCUAUAAACGUCCGCUACUGGUUUAGCAGAGACCAAGUAUUCUUAUUAUUUUCAUAUGCCGUCUUCCCGUGUUACACACUCAGCAGAUUGAUAGGUUACACGCUAUCAGGUUACUCAACUGGUUACUAUGGUACCCAGGUUAAUUAACCGGUUACUAUGGUACCCAGGUUAAUUAACCGGUUACUAUGGUACCCAGGUUAAUUAACCGGUUACUACGGUACACUGAUACUUGGUUUUUGACCCAGUUACUACGGUACCCAGUGUGGUUACUGUAGUACCCACGUUAACUUCCCGGUUGCUAUGGUACCUGCGCACCAACCUGCUUAUCAUGGCGCUAAUGUAAUUGACCCUCUUUUACUAGAGGUUAUUCACAGGUGUAAUCUAUGCAAUUGCAUGAUUUUCGGUGUGACAUAAAAAUAAGUGUCAUAUAUUUUUAAACUUUAGGAAUUUUGAUCGUGUACUAUUGGCGUAAAUAAACUGGUACAGUCC